AAUGAUGAUAACAUUAUAAACGGAUUUUGUAGAGACUAAAUUUUGUCGAAUUCAGUGUACAAUCGUACAGUCUAUUAAACAAUUAAUAAUUAUCAAACUAGUUUGUGCUUCAUGAGAAUCCCGUAGUAUAGUGCUCGAUCUAUUUUUUCCCGUAGUUUCCUCCGCCGGUUUUCCAAGUAGUGCUUUUCAGGUCUCAUCUUCAUGCAAUGAAUAGUUCCUAAACCACCACAAAGUUUGGUUGUCGCAUCUUCAUUUCUAUUCUUAUUUUUUAUUCAAAGCCUUUUCUUAACACCGUACUUUUCAUAGUUCACAAUGCGUAUCAUCGCAAUUGUCAGACUACUAAUACGAGAUGAUCCGUCAAGAACUGCGCAACUUCGUGCCUCCAAAACAGCUCUUAGUCUUGGGACAAGUCCAAACUCUAAGGAGGGGAAAAUUUUACUUUUGCAAUCACUUCAGAAUAAAACCGGGAUGAAGUACAAGAUCGAAAAGAAUAUAGAGCAGAUUUUCUCUCGCUUUUUGAGUGAAGGUAAAGUUACGAUUCGACUGAAGAUUCCUGCACAUGAUAUAAUCAUUAGUGGAGAUCCUGUGGAACUCAAAGGAUUUUUGAAACUGUUGAAGUCUGCUUUGGAAAAUGAAGAAGUUAAAAUGCCCACAGUUGUUGCACGCAAGACCAUGCAUGUCUUACCCCCAUCCAAUUUGAGGUUGGCGUUCGCUGGUAGGGGACAGUUUACUGCAACAACUAGUCUGCCACUAGCAACUAAAGAAUUGUCUAUCACAAAUAAUGCACUGCCAAGAUUUGAUCCGAGGAUUGGUCGACUGAAAUUCUUACAGGUCUUAGAUCUAAGUGGCAACUUACUUAGCUCCCUCUCAGAGGAAUUAUCGUCUCUGAAUGUUAUUGAACUGAGGCUCAGAGGAAAUCACCUCGGCUGCACCAAUAACUUUCGAUGGAUGAAGCCAGGAAGUCUAAGAAGAUCCCUUAAGUAUUUAGACCUAGGAAAAAAUCAAUUAGAGCAUAUUCCAUGUGAAGUCACCAGAUUUUUUGAGCUGAUCACUCUGAAAGUGGAUGAUAAUUAUCUCACCAAUCUUCCAAAUAGUAUUGGUUAUCUAAGUAAAUUAAGGUGUUUCAGCGCCUCAAAUAAUCAACUCACCGUACUUCCAUCCAGUAUUGUCAAAUUGAAUUUGACAACAUUGAAUCUUUGUGAUAAUCAAUUUAUGAUCCCCGAAUUGAACUUCGUUGAUCCAUCGCGACUACUAAAAGUUCCUACAUUAAAGAAUGCUGCCAGCAAGAUAGUCAUUAAAGCAUCGAUUCCACACUAUGAAGGACACACGCCACUCGAUGUAAUAUACCACCUUUGUUCUGCGUUCUACUGCAUUUGUCGCAAAGCAGUUUUUGACUCGAAAUGCACAUAUGUUCUCCUCUACAGCCUAAGGAAUAUUUCCAGUGAAUUCUUCUAUGACAGUAGUAGUGAUCAUUUGAUCCCAACCAGGUUUGGUGUAUGCUCAUCUGCAUGCUACACCAAACUAACCAACAUAGCUGCAGCUCUGUGAUGGUGAUCAGCUGUCAUAAAAUUGACGACUGCAAUUUUGUUGAUUCUUUUGCUGUUAGGAUGCUUUUCUAAUUCUCUUGCAUUGAAGUCUGUCUGUCUCUUUAUCUCUUCCAUUUAAGUGGAUAACUGUGAUAUUAAUCAUCAAAACCUCUUUUAUAUCGAUGCUUAAUUGCUAGUGAGGAUCACUGAGUUUUGGAUGUUUAGCCGUCCCUUUUUUAGAAUCUCCAAUGUCUUCAUGUGAUGUUGAUAACACAAAAUUUAUAUGUUUUUGAAUCAUUAUAUUGAAAUGACGAAGAUCUCCUAUGUGGGCAGGAGGUCAAAACAUGGAUUGUUUUAAUAAUUUUGCAUCAUUGAUUGUGUUAAGAGGAAAUUUUAGUGUCAUUUUAGUUUUAAAAAUAAGGCUAAAAUAUUAAGGUUUGUCACUUUACUAGGAUCGUUAGCUUUUUUGAAAAAAAUUCUCCCCUUCCCUGAAUAAAGUUCCAUUCAUAAGCUGGAGACAAAGUCUUUUCAUAACUAAGCUUCCAGUUUAAUUCGUUUUUUUUUGUUUUUUUUUUUUUUUUGUACCCAUUUUCUCUAUUCUCUUGAAAAAAUCCUUUAAUGGAUCCAGAAAUGUGAUUAAUUUUUUCUAUCGCUCUUUUUUUUACAAUUUUGCAUUUGCUGAAAUGAUUCUUCUACUUGAUCAAUUUUAUUGAAAUUCCAUGCGAUUUUUUCUCAUUAUUUUUAAACAAUGUCUAAGGUAUUAAAUAAAAUUUCUGUUGUAUGUUUUUACCUAAAAUGUUCUUAUUUUAUGGACCAGUAGUUGUUGACUUAAAAUUUUCUGGUCUCUAGGCGCUGCUGCCAAACAAUUUAAUAUCCAGCCCAAAAUCUUUCGUCUUUUAAAAACUAACAAAAAACUGCAGAAAGCUUGUCAUGUCUCAGUGUACACAAACAUACAGGUAUAUUUUUAUCCAUUAACUCCUCCUUUUAAUGUCCUUAUAAAUAAUCACUGAAAUACAGUAUAUUCUGCAGACCACUGAAA